AACUGCAAGUGUUUGGCUUGGACUUGGCCUAUUUGGCAACCUCAGGUAUACGGAAAGUGGGGGGGGAAGCGGGGGAGGCAGUCACGUUGCAGAUCCACGUGCCACCGAGAACCUGGAAAGGAGCCAGGAAUGUGGAAGUUAAUCAGCCGCGAAGCAAAAGCUUUACAAACUGCACGAGGGAGAGCCCAGGAGGAGGAGGAGGCAGAGAGACACACUAUGAAGAGGGGCAGCGGGAGGGAGAGGUCUAGCCAUUCCUCCUCCCCAGCCAUCGGCAGGCGGCAGUGACUGAUUGCAGCUGGAUGGAGAGAAAGACAAGCUCCUGGAUGCCAUCAGAAACCUGCCGGGACAUCUGAAAUCAACAAGUGCCUUCUUCCUCCUCCUCCCCCUCCUCACCUGGACACCAGCCCCCGAAGCCAGAGCCAGGGAAGCCAAGAGCAGAGGCCAGCAGGGAUGGAAUCACUGAUCUUUAAGCUCACUGGAGAGCAGCAGAAGGGCGAAAAGAUGAUGGUGUGGAGACCAGUGAAGACAAACUGUGUGCGAAGGAACCUCUUUGGUCCUGUGGACCAUGAGCAGCUGCAGAAGGACUUCCAGCAGCUACUGCGCAGCGGUGUAGAGGGAGCCAAGCAGAAGUGGAACUUUGACUUCCUACGAGAAAUACCAGCUGAGGGGCUCCUGCAAUGGGAAGAGCUACAGGGCCAUGAGGUCCCAGCCUUUUACCACAGCUGUGUGGUAGGAGAGGCUCGCAAGCCCUUGCAGCUCUUGAACCGGCCCAUGGGUAAGGAAGCCAGGGAUCACCAGUUUGCCAAGGUGACAAUGACUGAGAAAUCCAAAGCUCCCAAGAAAAUUGUAGGCAAGAGCCAAGAAGUGAGGAAACAAAGACAGGCUUCCGUCACAGAUUACUACUCAGCGAAGAAGAGAGUCAAAACUAACACAAAAGCUGCUUCAGAAAAUGUGGCUUUCUGAAAGGGAACACAGGGUUAAUCUGCACCAGAGAUGUUUCAAAGAGCUGGCAAAUAUAUUUGACGGUCAGAAAAUGUGCGUGCAAACUAUGAACACUUACGGCAUCACAGAGAGAGACAUUCAUGGAAGCAGCAAUGGCAAGUCUUACAAGCACAACAAAAACAGCAUCAGGAUGAUGUCAGGCCAAAUAAACUGGAAUCCCUUUUAACUAAGAGUGGCUAAUCUUCAGUGUUUUGGUAAGCGAACUUGGAAACUGGCUAAUAGUAGCAGCCUUCUGUGAAUGGGACAGCAGGGAACCUAAAGUUAAACUGUGCACAUGUAACACUGUAUUUGGACAUGUCAACAUGGAAUUGGGACCAUGUUUAAUUCUUUUUUUAUAGUUACAUGUUUAGGGUAUGUACAGAAGUGCUCCAUGCACAUUUUACAGGGCUGUAAUUUGGAGCACUUUUUAUAGCGCUACAAAGUUAUAGCACUCUUUAACAUGACAGAAGUGCAGUGUUUGGUUUGGGGGGAAGGGAGGCCUCUGAGCCUCCUGCACUUUCCAGGCUUGGAGGCAGGGGGUGCUCCACAGCUUCCUGGGGCUUCUCCACUGGUUAGAAAUUUGACCACCAUACAGAAGUUAUUUAAAGUGCUGUAAAUUACUAACAUGCUGUAAAAUACAGCACUUCAAAUUUAAAACCUCAUUUAAUGAGGGUUCAUUUAAAACCCUGUACCCAUUUUUAAGUGCUAUAAAGCCAUGCACUUCUGUUAAGUUACAGCAAUAAAGUGCUUUAAUCGGGGGAAAAAAGCAACUUCGGUACACACCCUUAAUCUGCAACCUCUCCCCUGGUUUUAGUGGUUUAGCCACCUAAUAAGCUUCACAACCUAAACUGUACGGGUCUGAUUUUUCAAAUUUCCCAGUUCAGCCUGUUAUUUUUUAGAUGCCAAAUUGCACCUACAGCUUGGUUAGAGCAAUUUUUCACUGACUUAUUUCAGAGCUUGUAUGUGUAAAUUCCCUGCGGGGGUAAAAAGAGACAGCUACAGUUACUUUAAGGAGAAUUUGGUGCUGCCUGUCCAUCUACAAUGGUAUGCAUGCACACUUGCACUCAUAGAAUUGGGGGCCCUUGUUUACAAGUCAUUCCUGGGCCCAAUUCAGUCUUCAUUUUCACUUCUGCAGUUCCACUGAGGUCAAUCAGUUUGCUUGGGUGAAAACCAAGGCAGGAUUUGCCUAUUGUCUACAGUGUUUUGUAAUGCCCACAGCCAAUAAGAUGACAUUCUAGACUGAUGUUUUCUUGCUAGUACCCAAACUAUGAUUCCAUUAAUAUAGUUUUUUCAACAAAAAAAAUUAAUGGCCAUUAAUAGCACUGGAUCAUCAGUCUCUCUCGGCAUUGCAUGGAUUAUUUCUUCUACGAUUUUUAUGUACCAUACACAAACUUUUAUAUGUCCUCCUUUCUGUUACCCUUCUCCAGUCCCUUCUCUUCCUCCUCCCUCAACCAGUUUGGGUAAAUUGAAAUUUUACAGCACAUAGUAGUCAGUGUAUAACAUGUAAAAAGAAACCUAUAAAAUAGACACUCAAAAUGAUCCUGUUGCCUGAGGACACAAGUAGGCUUCAGGGUUUAAUGAAUAAGUUUGGAAAGACCUCUGCAUAUUGGGCAUUCUAGACAUUUACACCAUGGCUAAGAGCUACAUCAAAAUCAACCACGGCUUCUCACAUACAGCAGAUUUAUAUGUGCAUAUACACUUAUGUGCAGGCAAUAGACAGGGAAAGAGAUAUAUGCAAGUACACACUGAUAUUACAUAAAACAUCAAGACAGAAUAAUGUACCAAAAUAUAUCUCCUCCCAAGGAUAAAAUGUAGUGAUUUAAGUCCAUUCCUAUAUGCAGUGCAUGUUGCAGGAUGAGAGUCUACAUUUUCAGCUCUAGACAAGUAAGACCCAAGAGAAAUACCUUCUUUUCUCGAUCAGUGACUUAGUUGGGAAUGAUGGACACAAUUCCUGCUCCUACUGAAAUCCUUGGGAGUUUUGCUCUCUGGAAACUAGAUUAGACCUCGUCUGGCAAGAAUUGUGAAUAACUAAUUCAGCAUAUGUGUUUGUGAAUGAAGAGAUCCUGUUGUAAGAGACAGGGUGGCUACACAAACAAGUUACCACAAGGUAAGUUACUGGGUGAGGCACUGUAAAUUUGUACCCUAGCUAACCUUGGGGUAACAUCCUUGUGUAGCUGUACUCAAAACUGGUGUGCUGACAUGCAGUGUGAAAGGGUUUUUAUACUGUUGCUGGUGACUAAAACAGACCAAUUAUUUUUUUCAAGUGUGUGACUUUAAUUCAAGAACAAAAUGAUUGCACAAUCAUGUAUGUGUGUUUGCAUGUUUGUAAAAAUCAGACCAAUGACACACUGUGCGCCUUUUUGUUUCACUGUGGUAUGUUAAAGCAGCCUUAUUUUUUGACUGGUAUGACAUGCAUUCUGCAAAAGAGCUUCUAACUCUGUCGUUUUCAAGGUUACCAUAAUGUUACUUAGUUUUUUUUAAGGGGGAAAAGUGCUACCUCUUUCUGCAUGAGAAAAUGAUGAUAACUUGCUGGAGAUUGUAUGCUGUUCACACUGUGGUCCCAGAAAAUAGCAAAAGACCAGGUAUUAACUGAGAUUCUGAUCCAGCUAAGCACAUAACCACAUGCAUAAAGUUAUGUGUUUAAGCACUUUUGCUGAAGCAAGGCCUUACAAAAUCUGAGAAUUUUAUAAGCAAUUGUUUAAAUGAUUGGUGAACUACUUGGCAUUGGUGUUUGAUCCUUAGUUAUUACCUGCUCUAAUAUAGAAUUUCUAAAUGUUCACAACUUGAUAGGGGUGAGACCACAGGUGAGAAGUUUUAAUGGUCUGUAUUCUGACAUAUUUGCUAGCUAUGAUGCUGCACUGGAAGUAUAUUGCACUAGUUAUUUCCAUUACAGAAGUUGAUGUAAUGCAGCUAGUUACUAUGGACAUCAAACCCCUCCUUCCAUAGACAAGUCAUAACAGGUGAAGAAAAAUGGUUCCUGUAACGGCAGCACAACAGCUGUUAGCCCUAGUGCUAUGAAAAUCCAAUGCAUCUCCAUUACUUGUCCUUGCUAGGGCCCAUUACCCUGAAAAUACACCCACUCUCCUGCUCCCACUCUGAGCACAAAAUAUUGAAAAAGGUUGUGUUUUCUCCAUUAGAACAACACUGACUACGUGCCAAUAAAUACAUACAGGACUGACAGUGGCUCUGAGCACACUCAGGGGGUGCACUAGACAGCACCUGCCUUACAGAUUUGGCGCAUUUAGCUCACAUGGAGGAAGAGGUAGGGCUUGUUUCCAGUAUGAUGCUCCCUACUAUGGUCAGAGGCUUUGCUGAAAUACCCUGAUUGGUUGCUGAGGUCUGCCAAGCACAGGGAGGAGAGAAUGACCAGAUAUCUGCUAUUAUUCAUUAUUCAACAUUCAGACAGAGAAGUAUUUCAAAAAGGAAAUAUGGAAUAAAUAUUUUUCUGCCCAUAUCUCCUAUAAACCAUGUUUUCCAAUUAAAACAUGUUUUAGAUUUUUCCUUAAAGGGGUAUUUUCCUGUGUAGCAAUAGAAAUAAUUCAAUAGGUCUAAAACCCAGUCUUUACGUUUAUGGAGAAGGAGGCAAUCUGCUUGAAAAAAGCAGCAUACUACAGCUUUGGUAUACAUUCCAUUUAUAUAUACAGCACUCAGGUGUACUCAGUCUAAUAACAGUGUAUUCCAGCCUUAUUUGCUGACCAUUGACUUUGAUUAGCUGCAUGAGUACAGAGCCAUGGAUCAGACACCCAAGCAGCACAUUUGCAGAAUGAGAAGCAAGGUACUGUGAUCAGAAACUAAUCUGGGCAUUAAAAGACAUGGUAGCAGCACUGUUUCAAGGUCUUAUGCAGCUGUCUUAAAUGUACUUCUGAUUACAGAGCAGAGGAUAAACUGAAUCAGGAAUUCAUACUGUAUACCUGUUUUAACCUCAACAUAUUAAUAAACAUGGAGCCAACCCCAUCUGAGCCCCCUAUUAUAUGGGCGCAUCUACACAUGCUGCUAUGGCGCCAUUGUUACUGAGCCAUCAUUUAUUACUAAAAGACGGUGCAGUAGCAGCUGGUGCUGCACACAGUUAUUUUUGGGCACUAUGUUGCAAAAGUGAUGCACUAUAACAGGGGAGCGUGUCACUACGGCAAUGUAGCUGCAUCAUCACAGGUUUUGCCACAGAUGCUACAUCGCCACAGCGCAUUGCUACAGUGAUGUAGCAACACACUAAACGUGCCUUAUAUAAACUGUACGCAUGACUCAGAGCUAUUUACUUCUCUCCAUCUGCAAGUCAACUCCCAUUAGUACUAAUGGGAUUCCCAACAUACAGAUUUAGGGAAGCAUAUGCCUUCAAGGCUUUUCCACUCAAGAUAAAGAUGUGUUCUAUGUGCAACAUCCUAUUAGACAAGAGUGGAACACAGCAAGUCCAAGGUCAGCCUUUGCAAUUGUUUAUGUAUUAUACAAACAUGGAAACACUUUCUCAGGUAUAAUAGAUCUGAAUUUAAUUCCUUUGGCAACAACUGGAGAAAUUGUGCCACAAGGAAACCAAGAAAAUAAUACUGUAAGUGCUUCCAGUUAUUUUUAGGAUAAUAAAAAUAUAGCUUCCUUCUGUUGCUUAAACCCACUCCUUUGCAAACUAGCAUGUGUGCCCUUCUGUGUUGUUUAUCUGAAGAACCUGCAGAUGAAUUAAAAUAGAUGUCUAUGUUCCA